AUGACGUCGUCCGGGUACAACCGCUCGGAAGGGAUCGAAGUCACGGAGAGCGGAUUGGCAGAGUGUGUCACCUACGGUCGCUCGUUCGUUGCCAACCCGGACCUAGUGCACCGUCUUGAGGUCAAUGCCCCGUGGAACGAAUGGGACUUCAAGACGUUCUACCCGUCACCGGACGCGCCCAUGUCUGCAGGCUACACCGACUACCCCGCGCUUGAAGUGAAGGCCUAA